ACUGACGUUCUACCUUCACAGAGAAAGUGAGAGCCGAUAGCCGAUGUUCGUCGCCUCGUUCACUCGCAGCCCCAUCCCCAUCUGCUCCACCACCUCCUCUUCCUCUGUGGUUGCUGCAAGUCGCCUCUCUCGCCUCCGCGGCCGCCCUUGCGCCCAUUCCCGCCCCCUUCUCGGCCCCGUCGACCGCUCGUCCAAGGCCUCCGCCCUCUCUGACAGCCUAAAAAUUCUGGAAUGGGACAAGCUCUGCGACGCUGUCGCUUCCUUCGCCGGCACGGCCCUCGGCCGAGAUGCGACCAAGGCACAGCUUUCGUCCGUUGAUGUAUGCUUCGACGAAAGCAGGAGGCUCUUGGAGGAGACCGCCGCUGCUGUUGAGCUGAUUAAAUAUGGAGCUGGGCUGGAUUUCACCAGAGUAAAUACAGUUUUGGUAAAAUCAGCUAUUACUCGUGUCUCUAGAGGUUCUCUAUUAGAUGGAGUUGAAGCAGUGGCUGUUGUUGGGCUUAUACAGAUAGCUGAGACUUUGCAAAAUUCUUUAAAAGCAGCACUGAAAGAAGAUGCAGAGUGGUACAACCGUUUUAUGCCUCUUACCCAAAUGUUGUUGGAUGCUGUUGUCAGCCGGUCAUUUGUCAAGACUGCACAGCUAAUGAUAGACGAAGAUGGCUCAGUUAAAGAUAGUGCGAGUUCGGAGCUUAGAAGGUCCCGUGAUCAAGUUCGGGUCCUUGAACAAAAGUUAUACCAGCUUAUGGACAAGUUACUUGGACAGGAAAAGAAUGAAACUUCCACUUUGGAGAUGUGUAUUGUUAAUGGGAGGUGCUGCAUCAAGGUAAUGACUGAUAGAUCAACAAUAUUUGAUGGGCUGCUAUUGUCCAGUGGUUCAAGGGCUGGAAGUAUACUAGAGCCAAUUGCUGCUGUGCCACUGAAUGAUGAGUUGCAACGAGCUAGAGCUUUAGUGAUUAAGGCUGAGGAAGAGGUGCUAUCAAAAUUAGCUGAUAAGAUGCUAGCAGAAAUUGAUGACAUCCAGAAUUUGCUGCAAAUAAUAAUAAGGCUGGAUGUUAUCACUGCCAGAGCAAAGUACAGUUUAGCAUAUGAUGGAACCUUUCCCGAUAUAUAUAUGCCAAAUCAUAUAGGUGGAGAACCUUCUGACAGUUUGUCUCAAGGCGCAACCACUAGCAGUGCCUCAUCUCAUCCCUCUAGAAGGAAUUGGAAACUGUAUAUGCCCAAGUCUUAUCAUCCUCUGUUACUUAAGCGGCAUCUUGAGGACUUACACAACGCCAAAAAAGAUGUUGUUGAUGCUACUGCUGAAAUUAGAAGGAAUUUACUGGGGAAGCAUAUUGAAGGAAAUGAUGGAGAUGCACGUCUUGCAUCCAUGAAACUCAGAGUUUCUGAAUUGGAAAAGAACUAUCCUGUACCUGUUGACUUGAUGAUUACAGAAAAUACUAAUGUGCUGGUUAUAACUGGUCCAAAUACAGGGGGUAAAACCAUUAGCUUGAAGACGGUUGGUCUAGCAUCAUUGAUGACCAAAACAGGUCUGUAUGUUCUAGCUUCUGAGCCAGUUAAAAUUCCUUGGUUUGAUGGAAUAUAUGCCGAUAUUGGAGAUGAGCAAUCUUUGACCCAAUCAUUGUCAACCUUCUCUGGCCAUCUGAGACAAAUUGGCGCUAUUCGUUCACAAUCGACACAUAAGUCGUUGGUUCUCUUGGAUGAAGUUGGUGCUGGGACUAAUCCACUUGAAGGAGCAGCUUUAGGAAUGUCAAUUCUAGAAUCUUUUGCUGAAACUGGGUCUUUUCUAACUAUAGCUACAACACAUCAUGGAGAACUUAAAAUGCUGAAGUACAGGAAUGAUGCAUUUGAAAAUGCAUGUGUGGAAUUCGAUGAAUUGAGUUUAAAGCCAACAUAUAAGAUCCUCUGGGGAGUGCCAGGCCGUUCAAAUGCAAUCAAUAUUGCUGAAAGAUUAGGUUUGAACUUUGUUAUAGUAGAUGGUGCACGUAAACUACUUGGAACAGCAAACGCAGAAAUCAACGAGGUUAUAGUUGAUAUGGAAAGAUUUAAACAAAGCUUCCAAGAACAUCUUCAAGAGGCAGAACACUAUUUAAUGCUGUCAAAAGAACUACGGGAAAGCUUGUUGGUGGCAAAGAAGAAAAUAGCAGAUCAUGCUGUAAAGCUGAAGAACAGGAAGACCAGAGCAGUUUUGGACAGUGCCUCUGUCGCACGUUCUCUUCUUCGUAGCAAGCUGCUGCAGCAGCAGCUGCAGUUUCGUGAGUCUUCUGAAGUGGAGUCGGAGAAGGGGAGAGUAGUUAGCAGUAGGCAGUCAGCAGAGGAUCUUGAGCAGUCAAAAUCAUGUGAUAUCUCGCCAGGAGGAAGAAGCCUGUCGUCAGAAGCAAGCAAAGCAGCUGGGGUUGAUGAGCAAAGCAAAAUCCCAGUGGCUGGUGACAUGGUCCAUGUUCCUUCCCUCGGAAUGCAAGUCGUCGUUUCAAAAGUGGAAGAAACAAAGGGAGAAAUCAUAGUCCAGGCUGGUAACAUGAAGUUGCGGUUAAAGCUGAAGGAUAUCCAAAGCCGGCGUAGCAGGACAUCGUGAGUAAGCCUGUGCGCACUUACCAUGAAAAGUAUUUAGUUGCUGAAUAAGUAUUUCGUUCAGGAUAACUCUGUUGUGGUUUUGUAAGUUGCCAUAAUUAACUGAUUUAGAUUACUUUAUUUUUUUUGUAAAUGAUGAUAAGAUGAGAGUAUCAUUAUUUUAGGAGUUUUAAGUUUGUUUAUCUUAUCUUUUAGAUGUAAAUUGGAUCUUCUUACACUUAAUUCUUGUAAGUGUAUACAAAAAGAUUAAUUCUUUUA